ACCAGCAUCACCCACAGACGACCAUGGCAUUCAACCUCACCGUCGACGACUUUGACCCCCUGGUCGCGUACUCCAACUACGGCGACUGGCAGACGCCCAACCCGCAGGACAACCCAACGUGGUGGAACGCUACGCAGGAUGUGACCGGCAGCCAAUGGCACCAGGACACGUACCACCUCACCACUGUUAGCGGCGCGCAGGCGUCCUUCAACUUUACGGGCUCUGCGCUGCAGAUCUUCGGUGGCACUGGCGCAAACCCCAACUACACGGUCAGCAUCGACAACAACCCGUCGACGCUCACGACCGCGAACAACACCGCGGGCCGCACUCUGCUCUACGGUAACGACUCGCUCCCCUUCGUGCCGCACACGGUUCAGAUUACCAACCAUGGCGGCGGGCUCCUGCUGGACCUCUUCGUCGUGGGCACCAAGCUGGGCGGCGACGGCGCGACCUUCACCAACACUACGGUCGACGACCGCAGCACGCAGACCCUGUCCUUCCAGCCCGGCGGCGGCUGGACCCAGCAGACUGGCGACAACUUCUUCAAUCAGACGUCGACGUACACUGGCGCGCAGGGCGCAAAUGUCGAGACCAACUUCACAGGCUCCGCCGUGUGGGUCUACGGUGACCAGGUCAACGACCACGGUUCGUACACCGUCUAUCUGAACAACACUGCCGUCGGGACAUACACCCAGCGCUCGGGCUGCGCGAACGGCUACGCCAAGAGCUGCGAGAAGCUACACGGCCUGGCGUUCUUCGCUGGCCCGCUCCCCCAGGGCCAGCACCAGCUCAAGAUUGUCAACGCGGGCACCAACGGGCAGGGCCAGCAGACGUUCUUUGACUUUGACUACCUCGAGUACACCACCCCGAGUGUGUGGCCCCAGCUUGCUGUCGCCGGCGCGAGCACGAGCGCCGGCGGUUCCGCCUCGGGCACGAACACGGGCAGCGCGACCUCGAGCGCGCCGGCGACGACGUCGUCGCACAAGAGCGCUGCGGCGGACGGCGGCUUCGGUACCGCACUGCUUGCUGUCGUCGCUGCUGCGUGGGUCGUGCGCAAGGUCGUGAGCUAGGGGGGCGAUGUGGCCACAACCCCACGCCGGAUGGUAAACAGCAACAAGAAGCAGAACGCACCACUCACACACGCACGAUCGUUACCAAUGCACGAUGGACACUGAUAGAUCUGCUGCGGCCGUGGAGCCGGCCGGCGACUGCAGCGCGCCGCGCCGCACCCACGUGCCUGUCGCGCCAAUAGACACUGCUGCCUACACGUUUAAUGUUCACGAUGCAUUCGGACCGAGAUAAGUUUGGGGGGGGGGGGGGAGGCGUACCGGGCGUCCCGGGGAUGUUCCGCAGGUGGGGUGGGCCCUGGUGGCUUGGUGCGAGAGCUCGGUCCGGAGGUCGCUGGGCCGAUAUCGGCGCCGAGGGUGACAACUUGGCUUGUGGGGCUGUGGGGCCUGCGAGGAGGUGGUCUGUGCUGGUCUGGUUGUCGGUCUGUGGGAGAUGAGGUGGGUGGC